AUGGGCCUGCCGCCUUACUCGGGUCCGUUCCAGGUGGGCGUCAUCGAUCUCGAGAUCCCCGUCCGCCAGCCACGCAGCUUUUGCGACAACGUCGUCAAGCCCGACGAGCUCAACCGUCCCACUCGCAGGGCAAAGAGGGAGGCAAAGCGAGCCCAGGACCAGGCUACGAAGGCCAAAGGCGCAGACCCCACCGCCGCACACCAGCAUAGCACGUCGCAGGGCUCGUCGCCGGCCCAGAGCUCGGGUCACAACGCGGCAGCGACAGAAGAGAACAUCGGCCUCGACGAGGGGGACGGAGAGGGUGGUGUGCCCACCUGGUCUCCCUUUACGUCGGGUUCCAAGACGUCAACGCUGCACCUCGAGACUGUCCUGUUCGCCGUCUACUACCCGUGCAAGCCCCUCGCAAAGGCCGAGGCGAGGCGAUAUACCCAGGUGGCCUGGCUCGGUCGUCCCAAGCACACGGGCGUCGGCGCCCUCUUCAAGUACCUUGGCCAGUACGGGCCCUUUGCCAUCCCCGCCUCGCCCGCCGUCUUUACGCUGCUGCGAGCCAAGAUGCCCGCCCUCGCCGGCCCACCGCUCGCCGACCCGGACAAGCUGCGCAAGCGCGCCAAGCCUUCGAGCAGCCAGCAGCAGCAGGACCAGCAGCAGGGACGACAGGGGCAGCGGCAAAAGGGCGACCGCGCGACGGCGGGCAACUUUGGCCAGCUGCCGCCCCAACUGCCCGUCGUCAUCUUCAGUCACGGCCUCGCGGGCAACCGGCUGAGCUACUCGCAGUUCUGCGGCGAGCUGGCGAGCUACGGACUCGUCGUCGUCGCCCUCGAGCACCGCGACGGAUCGGGCGUCAGCAGCAUCGUCCGCGGCGAAGAGGCGCCGUCCAAGUCGCAGCGCACCGAUAGCCUCGGCGGCGGCGGCGGCGGCGACGAAAAGGGCAAGGCCAGGCCGUCUCACCCAAAGGCGCAGGUUCCCUACUUCAGCUUCGAAAAGAUCGGGCUCAACUCGUUCUCGGACAGCCCGACGGACGACGAGGUCAACCUCCGCCGCGACCAGAUCGAGAUGCGCCACGCCGAGAUCGAAGAGUGCCUCUACGUCCUCGACCAGAUCAACCAGGGCCACGGCCCCGAGAUUGUCCGCCGCUCGACGCGCAAGCUCUGCACCAAGCUGGCGGGCCGAGGCGUCGACGGGACGAGCGAACAGCUGCCGUCGGACUCGAUUCUCAAGCAGGCCGAACCGCUCUCGGACUGGAAGGGUAAGCUGGACCUGCAGCUCCCGACGCUGUGCGGGCACAGCUUUGGCGGCGCCACUGUGCUCGAGAUGAUGAGGUGCGAGGACAAGUGCAGGCCCUUUCCGCUCGCCAUCGUCCUCGACCCCUGGGUGGCCCCCGUCAGGGAUCCGGACGAGGACCACGAGGCCAGGGGCAAGAUGAAGAAGCCCGUCUACGUGCUCAACUCGGAGAGCUUCACAAUAUGGGAAGACCACUUUGCCAAGCUCAAACGCAUCUGCCUCGACGGCCGGCGGGCCAAUGCCAACGCACGCGGCUGGCUCAUGACGCUGUGCGGCUCCAAGCACACCGACUUUUCCGACUACCCGUUCCUCCUCCCGCGCGUAUUUCGCUCGACGGUGGGCCCGCGCAAGACGAUCGAGGUGUUUGUCAAGGCCACCUACGUCCAGAUGGGGCUGAUGCGACAGCGGCUGCGGGAAGAAGAGGACAGGCCGGGCGUCAAGGUGUACGGGGAUGAAGCGAUGCGGGAUGAGAGCGGCAGCGUCGACGGCGGUGAACAGGAGGCAGGAGGAGUGGAGGCGAUGCAGAACGGAGGCAGAGAGCAGCAACAUGCCGAGUCGAGCGGCAGGGCGCUGGGAUACGGUGGCAACCCGCCGCAGGCCGACGAGCAGCCUGCGGAUCCGGCUUCGCCACGACCGAUAGCACAGCAUUCCGACGACGCCAGCCCGGCCCGCAGCGCCGCAUCCGAUGCCGACGAGCGACGGACGGCCAAGGAGCGCGGCUUCAUCACCGACGGAAGGAUGGUGCAGCUCAUCGACGCCGACCGCGAUGCUGAGGAGGUCCACGCCCAGCUCGAGCGCAUCACGGCCGAGUGGAACUACGAGCGCGCGCGGCCAAAGUCGCUCAUGUCGCUCUUUAUGCUCUACUACGGCUUCCAGCCGGGCCUCGAGAAGCCGGGACGCGUCCUCAUCCACCAGGUCUAG